AUGGCUCCUAUUGCAAUCACUCCCCCACCGGUCGAGGCAAAGGCGAGGCCAAACCUCCACCGCACUAACACUGCUAACAUGGGCACAAAACGAAAGAUCAUAUGCUUUUCAGAUUUUGAUGGCACAAUAUUCAUGCAAGAUACUGGCCACACUCUCUUCGACAACUUCGGUUGUGGUGCCGAGCGAAGAGCUAUCCUCGCUAAGCAAAUGGAAACUGGCGAACGCACAUUCCGCGAGGUCUCCGAUGAGCUGUACGCUUCGCUAGAUGUACCUUUUGAGGACGGCUUCGAAGUGAUGAAAACCGCACUCGAGAUUGAUCCCGAUUUCCAACAGUUUCACGAAUUUUGCGUCAACAACAGCAUCCCCUUCAACGUAAUCUCUGCUGGGCUCAAACCCGUGCUUCGGCGAGUUCUUGAUCACUUUAUUGGCGAGAACAUGAGCAAGCAUAUUGAUAUCGUCGCCAAUGAUGCUAAGAUUGCCGAGGAUGGCAGCAAGUGGGAAGCGAUGUGGCGACACGACACAGAUCUCGGCCAUGACAAGGCACAAUCUAUCAACGAGUACAGGGAAACCGCCGCUCUCCAGUCCGACAACGGCACCAUUCCCUUGAUAGUGUUCAUCGGAGAUGGUGUCUCAGACCUUCCCGCAGCACGAGAGGCAGAUGUCCUCUUUGCACGACGUGGUUUGCGGUUAGAGGAAUACUGUAUCGAGCACAAGCUCCCAUUCAUCCCGUUCGACACAUUCGACGAUAUUCAACGCGAGGUGAUCAAGAUCGCCGAGGUCGAUGAUGGCCAGACUCAUGGCAAAGGCUUGCCCACCACCUUCAACCCCCGAGCUAACAUGUGGCGGCGUGUCAGCAGCAAAGCUGCGGUGCCGAUUUUCGCAGCCCUGAGCCCAACCAAAGAAGAGAAGGCCUUCAUCUGGCCCGAAUCUUUCACGCAACCAGCACCAGCUAUCGUGCCCAACAAGGACGACGCCAAGGCUGCCGUCGCUGCCCCUGUGGCAUGA